AUGAAGAAUGAAACACUUGUGACAGAAUUUGUUCUCUCUGGUCUUUCCUCUAACCCAACCCUUCAGCUUCCUCUCUUUCUACUCUGCUCAUUUAUUUAUAUAGUAACUUUACUGGGGAAUCUCAUGAUCUUUGGAUUAAUAAGAAUAACUCCAGGUCUUCAUACACCAAUGUACUUCUUCCUUAUGAACUUAUCAUUUAUAGAUGUUCUUUAUUCAUCGUCUAUAACACCCAACAUCAUGGCCAACAUUCUCUCGGAAACUAAAACAAUCUCUGUCACUGCUUGUGCAAUACAAAUGUUCCUCUUCAUUGAUCUGGUGAGCUCAGAAGCAAUGUUACUUGCUGUGAUGGCCUAUGACCGAUAUGUAGCCAUAUGUAAACCACUGCAUUAUACAAUCCUUAUCAACAAAGGGACAUGUAUCCGACUUGUUUGCUCCGUAUACACAGCAGGAUGUUUUAAUUCCUUAAUCCAUACAUGUGCUGCAUUCACCCUUCCGUUUUGUAGGUCUAAUAUCAUUAAUCACUUCUACUGUGAUAUUAUACCAAUUUUAAAACUCUCAUGUAAAGAUACAUAUCUCAAUGAUAUGUUGUUGUUUGUUGUUGCUGGUUUUUUUGAAGUAGGCUCUUUUUUAUGUAUAGUGAUUUCCUACACAUUUAUUAUCUUUGCCUUGUGCAACAUAGGAUCUUCAAGAAGUAGGAUCAAGUCUUUAUCCACUUGUGUCUCUCAUUUUACUUGUGUAGCCUUAUUCUACUGCCCAGCCUUCUUCACAUACUUACGGCCAAAUUCUGCUUAUGCAGUAGAUCAGGAUUGGAUGGUGUCAGUCUUCUAUACAGUAAUAAUACCAAUGUUGAAUCCCAUGAUCUAUAGCUUAAGAAAUCAAGAUGUUAAACAAGCUCUGCCUAGGAUUCAGCGGUAUUCCGUCGGUGGUUAA